AGAAGUUAAAAUGAUUACUACCGAAUAACACAUGUUCAAAGAACUCAUGACACUGCAGGGAAGUGUGACCCAAAUCUAGUUUUUGACAGCAUGCACAGCAAAAACCACAGGCAGUAUGGCAUUUUCAAUUCUCAUAUGCUGUAUUGAAAUCUGAUCCACAUCUGAUACUGUACAUGGCAACUAGCCUUCAGUUUAAAGGCAUGUCAGAAUACUUUUUUUGUUGUUUUUUUGCAGAAAGUCACUGAGAGGUAUGUCAGAGUCGCCCUUGAUGCUCUGAACACAUCCAUGCUGUAGUUUGGCAUCCAGCUAUGUCUUUCCAAAGUAGCCACUAUGACUCCACAGAAAGCCAGCAUUAAAAUCUUGGCACUAUUUCACCUCUUUGCCCUUGUAGUGAUUUUUUCUGCAUUCGCACUUGGCACUGACUACACAUUAGCUCAGUGUGGAAAAAAAAAAAACCCAACUUUAACAACUUCCUGGUGUUGCUUCUUCUGUUUACUUGGAGUCUUGGGCUAGCUCACAGUUGCGACCUUUUCAGAUUAAGGUAAUGUAACCUGUGUAACAGAAGAACUGGAUUUGUGUAGUAAAUAGAAAUGAAACUCCUUAGACUUUGUCGCAAAUAAGAUUUGUGUGCAUUUGACCGCACCGCACCGCUGGGGUAUGACGUCACACAGGGGCUGAUAUGAAGCUGCGUGAAGCCGCUCCAAAACACACCCACUCACUCCCCUUCCUCUCUCCGAUCACACACACACACACACACACACACACAAAAGGCGCGUCACCACCUCAAUCUGCUGUUGCACAGAAGCCGAAUCAGUGCGGAGUGGAGACAGAGACAGUACGCGUAAGACAGCAGUUCAUUCCGCUGUCCUUUCAGCUGGACUGGAUUUGUGUCCAUGGAUCGGUCGCAGGGUGUCGUGAUGGCUGGGUGGAUCUGAAGCGUUGCUGCCGAUCUUAGCCGACAUGCACGCGGUCUCUGGCGACAGCGGCCCGGCUUUAUCAUGCUGUUCAGACUCUUCGCGAGGAGGAUGCGCUGGCUGGGAUGCUAUCGGCUGGGACCCAUGUGGAAAGCACUCCUGGUGUUUGUGGUCAUCGCCUUUGCGGGCCAACUCCUGGGGGUCCUCUUCAAUAAAAGCUGGGUGCAGCCAGAGCGGCCUCGGUCUCUGUUCUCUCUUUCUGAGAACGGUCAGGGGCCUCCUCUGGGCUCCUGCAGGCCUCAGACACACAUCAUGUUCCUGAAGACCCACAAGACAGCCAGCAGCACUGUUCUCAACAUGCUCUACCGCUUUGGUGAGGAGCAGCGCCUGCGUUUUGCCCUCCCAAUGGGCUACCAAUUUGGCUAUCCACUCCCCUUCAUAGCCCAGAGGGUCAAAGGGUACAGGGGUCCCCAUGUUGCCAAGUUUGACAUCAUGGGAAACCACAUGCGCUUCAACAAGCCAGAGGUAGAGAAAGUCAUGCCUACAAAUACUUUCUAUUUCUCCAUUUUACGAGACCCUGUGGCAUUAGCCGAGUCCUCCUAUGCCUAUUACAAAAAUGUUGCCCCUGCCUUCCGACGUUCAAAGGGACUAGGCGACUUUGCAGAUAACCCGAACAAAUACUAUGACCCCCGACUGCGCAACAACCACUAUGCCCGCAACCUGCUAUGGUUUGACUUUGGCCUUGAUCACAAUGCUAACUACUCCUUGGCUCUUGCAAAGCGCGGUGAAGCAGAAGUAAGACGCAACUUUAAACUUAUCCUUUUGUCUGAGUACUUUGACCAGUCCAUGGUGCUGCUCCGACAUGCUCUCUGCUGGCCUCUGGACGCUGUUGUGUCCUUUAGCCUGAAUGCCAGACAGCAGAUAUCCAAGAGCAGGUCAGGGUGGGUAGGGAAGGCAGCUGCUCCAGCAUCUUUGCAACUGACGGAAGAGCAGCGUCAGAAGCUGCGUGAGUGGAACGCCCUGGACUGGCACCUGUACCAAGCCUUUAACCGCACUUUCUGGGAUGAGGUGGAGAGAUUUGGCCGAGCGAAGAUGGACACUGAGGUGACCUUAUUGAGGAGCAGACGAGAGGUAUUGGCCCGCGUGUGUUUGCGCGAUGGAGGCCGGCCGGUUGAAGCUAGCCGCAUUCGGGACAGGGCCAUCCGUCCCUUCCAGAGUGGCCUGGUGAAGAUUUUAGGGUAUGAGUUGCAGCCAGGUCUGGACAAUGCUACGAGGCAAGCCUGUCUGCGUAUGAUUAGACCAGAGAUCCAAUACAAGGAUCUUUUGGAUCUCCGACAGUUUCCACGUGCCCAACAACUUCCAGGAGCAGCAGUGGCUGCAAAUGGGCUUGCUGUUAAGAAGGAUUCGUCACCUCAUAGGAAUGGACAGCAUGCCGGAGAGUCAUUAGAGAGGGAUUGGGAAGGAACCAUAUUGGUCCGUAAUCAAUCCCAAGAACAUGUGGACAUUAAGGGAAAAUUGAGAUAGUGAGUGAAACAGCCACACUUGUUUUCCUGAUUUAUGGCUCCACUGGGCCUCUGCACUGCACUACUCAGAGUCAGAGUUAGAUCCUGACUUGUAAUACUUGCUCGGCUUCUGAACUCCUCUUCAUCUUGCCCUGUUUAGGUAUCAUGCAUUAUAUCAUGUGACUUGGAUGUCAGUGUGUAAAGAGCACUGUAUUGAGGUAUGCAGUGGUAUGAAUACAAUGCAAAUGGCCCCAGUAUACAGAAGUGGGAAUGAUGCAUGCUGGGUGAUAUGUGAUGCAGCUCGUUUACAUCAUGGUGCAUGGUGUCGGAUUCUGCUGCUGCUUUCCUUGAGCUGUGAUGUACAAAAGCAUUUUGAAUGCUACCCAUUGUCACUCACUCCCACCAACUCAUUUCACACUCCCUCCCACACACAGACAAUUUGGCAUUGAGCCACAUAGCACUUUUCAGAUUGACACUGCUUCUGUGCCUAGUGACAGCGCUGAAAUAGAGCGCAAAGCCAUCAACUGGAGAACAAAUACCACUAAAACAGAAUCUUGGAAAUAAAUGCAAAGAAAAUCAAUGAUAUUGGUUUGUGUGUCAGCAACUGAUCAGCUUUGUAGUGCAGGACUGCAGGAGGAAAGCAGCUGCAGCCCUUUUUUUUUUUUUUUUUGCAUUAGUUACCAUAACAGGGCUUGUCACGGUCAUGGCAUUGUAUCAUGGCGCAUAUUAUAUAAGCUACAUAAAAUGUCUCCAGUUGAUGGCACUGAAAUAAUUUAGCAUAAAUUAAAUGUAAUUGGCUUUUUGGUCCAUCAGAUGGAGUAGGCUAUUCCGCUCACUGUAAUCUACCUCUUGGCUCCUGUCAGAGGUUAUUUUUUCUUAUUUAUGUUGCAGUUUUGAAUAUCUGUGUCUAAAAUGGUAUUUAUUUGUCAUUCCAGAUGAAUUUGAAUUUGAAUCAUUAGUAAAGACUUAAACAUUAAUGUAGUAUAACCAAUGAUGUCAGCCUUUCAGUGUUUUUUUUUUUUUUUUUUUUAAUGACAGUGAAUCGAUACCACUUAACAGACUUGAUGUAGGUAGAAUUGUUCAUGAUUAUGCUGAGGUUUUCUAGUGAAUUUGGCAUGACAGAGUUGAAUACUUUGCAGAUGGUGAAUGUUAACUGAAUACAAGAAAUCUAGAAUGUCCGUAAAUAAUCAAAUACAUCUAAAGUCUAAAAUUUAGUGAUUUUGCCUUACUGUAUGAAACAAAUUGGAACAGGGCUUGAUUAUUAAUGCUUGUUGUAUUCAUGUUUUUUCUUCUAAAAACAAAUCUUAAUGUAUGUAAUGUAUUUAUAGUUUUCUGAAAAUGCAAGUGUCUCAGUCUUGUGGUAUGUAGAAUGAUGAAUGGUGUGUAAAUUUAGUAUGAAGCUGACUGAAAUGCACCGUACAUCUUGAUAAAGCUGAACGUAUUAACGGGUCAUUUAGCUUCCAUGUUUAAAAUUUUAAGUUUAUAACUUUUAUCGGUUCAAGCAUAAUUAUUAAAGCAGAACACGCCAUGUGUAGUCAUUAUAAUUAUAGUAACUGAUGAUGUGUAGUGUAUGUUAAAAUAAUUUGUGCAUGAUUAUAAAUAGCACUCACUGACAGUAUUUAAUAGGAAUAUAGUCACCUGUGUUAUUGUCAUACUACAUCUUGAUUUUGUAUUUUGCUAUACUUUUCUAUAACAAAUCCACUUGAGCCGAGGGCAAUAUCUAUAGGGGAAUGUUGGAGUCAGAGAAAUGUAAAAUCUGUUUGUUAUCUUUUUUUUUUUCAUGUUCUAAAUCAAUAUUUAGAGCUAAUGUUUUGUAAAAGAUCGCAAAUAGUAGGAGGAUUGAAAGUGUGUGCCAACCAAUACAGACACUUAUGCCAGCAUAUUGCAUGAUGGAAAUGAAGCUCUACACUAAUUAAGACUCCUUGGUCUCAACCAAAGCGUUGGAUCUUUAUAUUCACAAAGUUUGUACUGUAUAGGGGCUGCCCUUUUUCAACCAGGAAAUACACAAGUAUCUAACAGACUUUAGGGGAUUGUAAGAAAGCAAUAUGAUUUGAUUUAGAUGUGUUGUAGCCUUUUUAUCAGCUCUUGCUGAAAUUGUUGUUUUUUUUUGUUUUUUUUUUGACAAGACUAAAGGAAGCCUUCAGCUCAUUUUGCUUGCAUCUGGCAGUUCAUAUUUGUUUUGCACUGACAUGAUGGUAUUCCAAAAAAAAAAAAAUAAUAAUAAUAACCAAGAGAAAUGGCUUUGUAGAAAAAAUUGCCCUUAUUAUUGGUCUGCUGGUGUUUCCAUUAUUCUGUCUACAACUGUAUUAGUUUGCUGCUUUGUCAUCUCAAGAGGGGUUAUCUUACAGUCAAAGAUGGUACACAAAAGAAAACUUGAAUUUACAUUAACUGAAAUAGCAUCAGAGAUGUGAAAGGUACACCAAAGAGUUGCCGAUACUUUUUAGUUAUGAAAUACAGAACCUGUGACUGUGAAAAUGGAAAUCCUUAGCUAUAAAUGAAAUGAUUUUUUUUUUUUACUAUUAUAUCUGACAAAACACCCUCCUAAGGCACAGGAAGUUACAGAGUCAUUGGAGAUUGGAUGCAACACCAAACAAAAUCUUAACAGGGAGAUUUCUAAGAAAUAUGAAGCAAGAAAGCUUUGCUGACCCAACAGUCUUUUCUCAGUACCAGAAUCUUAUGUCUAUGCUGCAAAUUUAAUGUGAUACUGUCACCGUGUCCUAAUGUUUUACAUUAUAGUAAAUUUACAAUACAGUAAAUAUUCCAUUUGAACCUUAGUAAUUUGUGUAUUAUAUUUAUUCUAUUUCUUUUUGUUACUUGAAUAUUGAUGUUUGGUUAGAAAUAACUUUUCAAACUACCUUUGUAAGUAUCUUGUCUUGGCUCUAUAGUUUACUUGUAUGUAGAUAAAUGGGGGAAAAAGGUUGAAUGGAAUAAAAACAAAACUU